AUGGAGGUCGAUACUGAGUAUAUUGAAAACGAAGAGUUCUACAAGAAUUUGUUGCUUUCGCUCGAAAAAGACGGUCACAAUACAGCGCCAACGACGAACGACAAUGGCAAAUUCAUUCUUCCAAAGGCUGGGUUUGUUAUUAAAACGAAAAACGAGAAGAAUGAGAAAAUUUUUAUGAACAUUUUAUCGAGCGAGGAACUACCUUCUCCAAAGGAUAUCACUGAGACAGAACUUCAGAAAUUACUUGAGGAUCCGGAUGCAACUCAGUUUAAGAUUCCUCUGGCACUUGGCGACCCACAUGCAGAGACGGAUAAAAGUGGAAAAGGCUGUACCGUUUAUGAUGUUGUCAUUAACGACGCCUUUCUCUCAAAGUUAAGAACCAACAACUUUUUUAUGGGAUUUUUUAUGACUGUUGUAUAUGAAGGAAUAGAAAGUAAAUACAAUACAACAUUGUCACGUGAUUGGGUAAUGCUAAAAAAUAAGAAAUGUAUUGGUGAUAUUAACAAGCAUAGAAUACGAAAUAGAAGCAAGCCUGUCAUUCAGGAAAUGGAUCAGCUAGGCGAUCUCGGAUUAAAUGAAGUAUCGUCUAGACCUUUAGCGCCGCCAUCGGCUAAAAUAGAAAGUGACGCUGCAUGCGAACCUUCUUACAGGAUAUUACAGGAACCUCCUACAAGUUCACCCGAGUAUUUGAUCCUAGAAGUUUCUUUACCUGGGGUGAAAUCUAUGAACGGCACAGUAUUAGACGUUGGGGAUGAUCGUCUUAUUCUUGAUGUUCCUGGUAAGAAAUAUCAUUUGGACCUGACUUUUGAUCAUCUUGUUGAUUACGAAUCUGGUGGAGCUCAAUUUAACAGAAAAACUAAAACGCUGACGGUUACUAUUCCUGUAUUAAAGGAAUCUUAAAGAUGUGAAGAGAUAGAGUAGCUUGUUUGUGAAUUGCUUGUAUCGGAGAAAUCACGUCAAAAUCCCAGAAGACAAACACUUGAACGCAGACAUUCCUCUACUGAAGGUAGCAAUGGUGGGACAGUUGGAGUAAUGGUGGAAAAUACGUAUCACAAGAUUUCCGCACGAAUUGUUAAGCCUGGUUUACACUAAUCAAAUUUUCUGUGAUCACAGUUGGAAUUUUCAAACAACAAAUUAAUCCUAUAAGUUUUAAAAGAUUAGUCGAAAAUAUCGGAGGGAACUGUCUAAUACGAAGUUAUCUCAUCCUAAUAUUCACUACAUGAUAUUUAAAACUUUGAAUUUGCCUGUGAUCACAGAAACUGUGACAGUGUAGUCCUGGCCUGAGGUCACUCCGCUCGCUCACUCACACCCAGUGAAUAUAACGCUGAGAAGAAGCCUACUUUAUCCUAACUGUAGCAUAAAACCUAAAACUGGCAAUGUGAUUGGUCGGCGAUCCGCGAAAAAGUGUAUAGGAUUAUCAGUUCAUGCGAGUAAAAUCCACCGAAGAAAAAAUGGAUUAUUUUGCCGUUUGGUCAGGAUUUUGAUCUCACAACACACUCAUACUAUAUUUAGGUCAAACGCGUCUUAGGUUCAAGACGCUGACAAGCAUUUUGUACAUUUUAUCACCUGAAAGAUUUCACAUAUCCAUGUAGUAUGGAAAUUAUGUCGUGAAAGUUUCUAUAGUGAGGUUCGCGUUUACACAAUUCAAAAUUAGGCUUUCGCACACAGACAUGCAAUCCAAAAUUAGGCUUUCGUUUUUCGAAUGGUAAAUUUUCUGUCUGUUAGAUCAAUUUAGUUUUUUAGCAUUUAAAACUUGUCUAUUUUUUUAUACAGCCCCACUGUUAAGUUUUUAGAUGCUGAAUAUAUUAAAAAUAUUAUUAAUAAAAUAUUCUUCUUUGCCGCCUCGAAAAACCAUCCGAAAGAUAUUGAAAAAUUUACAGUAUGAUAAUAGCUUGAUUCGAGUCCGAAGUGAAACAGAGCUGUGUAAUUUGCAUGUGAGUUCACAUUACAUUGUUAGAUUUAAAUUGGUGUGAGCUUUAGUAUGGUAAUAUGAUGGACUGAUAGACUGGUGUGAGCUUUAGUAAUAAUUUAUGAGUAGAGUUUAUAUGACAAUGAGUCACUUCUACCACACACAUAUAAUAUAUCCAUGCAUAGUUCCAUACUGCAGGAUGUAUACAAUAAAGUAGACAAUUUUAAAACGCCCAAAAACUACCAAAUUGAAAAGAUU